AUGAGCACUGUCCAGGCAUAUGCCUCUACUUUGGGACACACAAGAGUGAUUUUAGAUGGCUCGGUAGCAUCAGGAAGCGUAACGCGAGACGGCCGCUUUCUCAUUCCCAGCGUAGAACCAGGAACUUACAUCCUUUCCGUUGUUUCGCACAACCAUCAGUUUGACAAGUUCCGGAUAGAUAUUCCCACCCAGUCUUCCACACCUGAAGUCCGAGCCUAUGCGCCUGGAACACCUCUUAACCCUCCAUCAUCUAUCAAACUAUCAUACCCGAUACUCAUCACACCUCGUGGACAAAACGCCUACUUCGUUCCACCUCAAUCAUUCAAUCUCCUCGGGAUGUUCCAAAAUCCAAUGAUGCUCAUGAUGGUCUUCGGUGGUGUCAUGAUGCUCUCAAUGCCAUACUUAUUGAAGAGCAUGGAUCCGGAGAUGGUGCAGGAGUUCAAAGAGAACCAAGCCAAAUUAUCUAACUUUCAGACCUCACUACAAAAUGGGGAUUUGAAAUCCAGCUAUUCUGCGCUAAUGAGCGGCGAAGAGCCGCGCGCCGUUGUAUCAACAGUAGCAGCCAAACAGCCUAAUUCAGCACCGAAUACGCCCAAGAAUCGGGGCAAUAAAAAGCGGCGAUGA